AUGCUGUUGGAUGUAAAAUAUAUUGCUUGUCUUUUUAACUCAAUCAGCAAUAAGGAUUUUAAAGAGAAGUGUCAAGAUGUAAUAUUGAAAGUGGAGUCUAAAAUUGAUCCGUUUGAUCUCAAUGUAUUCAUGCCAUAUAUAAAUGACAAUGUGAAAAGAACAGCAUUUCAAACUCAGGUAUUGCUGGGUGUGUCCGGAUCAUCUACGGGCCAAGCAGUGUCCAGCCACUCAAGUGAACAGCCCAGUGUACUAGCUUCUCAGCAGUUCACCCACAUGGCAUUGCUGGGUGUGUCCCGGAACAUCUACGGGCCAAGCAGUGUUCCAGCCACUCAAGUGAAACAGCCCAGUGUACUAGCUCUCAGCAGUUCAGCCACUACAUGGUUUCCCCUCCUUCACAUCACAGCUCCCCGCACCUCACUGACACCAGCUAAGCCAAAG